UCGCAGCCGCAGAGGGAGCAGGACACAUCUUUGAGCACUUCCCCGUUUAUUAAAUAAAUAUUCUGUCUGUUCUUUCACAACCGGUCUGUAGCCACACACUCUCAUCGCAGCACGUUCUGUGUAAUCCAAGCGAAUUCAAAAUGAAAUGCAAUUAUCUAAUUACCGGACCAACUGUUUAAUCUAAAGAAAGGAACUUCACAAGGUAAAGAAACGAGAUUUUUUUUUCUUUCUAGGAAAUGACAACAGCGAUUUAAUUACACCUUAAGUGUUCAGGAAAUGUGCGCGUUAAGGACAGUUGUCUUUUGUUCAAGAAUUUUACAGUAGGCUACACAUCUGCGCAGCAUUUAAUUUGCAGUAAUGCACCUAUAGGCUUCUCUAAAGCUUUACUUUAAUGGGAGGGCGGUCUUGGAUUACUGUUUGUACAAACCUUCAACUUCAGACACAUCUCAAACAGAGCUGUAAUCAUGCAGUCACUUCUGUUAAGCCGUCUUCUUUUUCUAGUGUGGAGUCUUGAUGCUUUGGCAUAUCGACAUGAUGAGAAAUUAAGAACGAUCAAUAAGGGCAAUGGUCAGACUCACCUUUCUGCAAGGGAUGUUGUAAAUUGUUCUAAUUCAGAAUUGCAUAGGAAAUGGCUGAUAAUUUAUGGGAAAAAAGCAAUGGACAUGAGCCAUUUCAAAAGGCAUUCUACAGGUGGAUCUUUGGACAUAAUAAAAAAAUGGUUGAGAAAAAAUAAUGCCUCAUCGUUUGAAAGGGCAUUGCAAAUCAAAUCCAAAGGUUUGACGAACAGCAGAGGAAAUAUGCAUUAUGACUCCGCAGCGAACAUCAUCAGAACCUUCCCGGAGCAAUCGCCUGCAAAACUACACAGGAGACUUAAGUACCGUCGCAAAGAAAAGUUAAAUUCCAACCUGGCUGCCAUGGAAACACAAAGGGGAUACAAUUACUUGGAACUUCAAUUUGAUUCAAAGGGGCAUGAAUUCGUUUUGCAAGCAGCGAGGAAUCAAAGACAAAAAAGGGGUGCCGCCAACACAGAAAAUGACAAGAAAAAAGGAAAAAGCAGAGACAAAAAGCCAAAGAAUAAUGGCCACGCAUCAACUCAUUUAAAUGGUUCUACUGAGGUAACCCCUACAUGGGAACACCCCAAACCCCUCCCACUUAACGACUCCUCCGAUUAUUCAAAUGACUAUACCAGAAAUGAUGGACUCUACACACUACCAGAGGACCUGUCUGUAACCCCUACAAUGCCUUUUAAUACACGGGGAAGAAAAAAUGAGCUGAAAAACCCGUUUUACCCCUUAACAGACGUAACUUAUGGAGCAUAUGCAAUCAUGUGUUUGUCUGUGAUUAUAUUUAUUGUUGGUAUAAUGGGGAACAUUGCAAUUAUGUGCAUAGUCUGCCACAACUACUACAUGAGGAGUAUUUCUAAUUCACUUUUAGCCAACCUGGCGUUUUGGGAUUUUUUGAACAUCUUUUUUUGCUUGCCCCUUGUGAUAUUCCAUGAACUUACGAAAAAGUGGCUAUUGGGAGAGUUCUCAUGCAGAAUCAUACCAUACAUUGAGGUGGCCUCGCUUGGAGUUACUACUUUCACAUUGUGUGCUCUCUGCAUUGACCGAUUCCGUGCUGCAGCAAACGUGCAGAUGUACUACGAGAUGAUUGAGAACUGCACUUCCACCACAGCCAAGCUAGCUGUUAUCUGGAUUGGGGCACUGCUGCUGGCCCUUCCCGAGGUGCUUCUUCGUCAGCUCGUCACAGAAGAUCCUGUAGCCACCGGUACUGCAGCCUCCGGCUCUGCGGUGACUAGUUCCUCAGCCGCUGGGUCUGCUGCAGAGCGGUGUGUGGUUAAAAUCUCCCCAGAGCUUCCUGACACAAUUUAUGUUCUUGCGCUGACGUAUGACGGUGCCAGGCAGUGGUGGUACUUUGGGUGCUAUUUUUGUUUACCAACGCUCUUCACUAUUGGCAGCUCUCUUAUAACAGCAAGCAAAAUACGAAAAGCAGAGAAAGCCUGUGUUAGAGGAAACAAGAAACAAAUUCAGCUGGAAAGUCAGAUGAACUGCACAGUGGUGGCCUUAACCAUUUUGUACGGCUUUUGUAUCAUUCCUGAAAAUAUAUGCAACAUUGUCACGGUCUACAUGUCCACAGGGGUCCCUAAACAGACUACAGACCUUCUUCAACUCAUUAGCCAGUUCCUUUUGUUCUUCAAGUCAGGCGUCACCCCAGUACUUCUCUUCUGCCUUUGCAAGCCUUUCAGCAGGGCCUUUGUGGACUGUUGCUGCUGCUGUUGUGAAGAAUGUGUCCAAAAGUCUUCAACUGUGACGAGUGAUGACAAUGACAAUGACUACACUACAGAACUUGAACUGUCUCCUUUCAGCACAAUACGACGCAAGACAUCUGUUAACAUCUCUGUCGGUACUCAUUGCUAAACCGCACACGCAGUUCCUUUGAAGAAACACUGAAACAAUAACACCUACCUGUAUACACUGGAAAAUGCAUAAAAUUCAUAAAACAUAUUUUUAAUACAAGAGUUUACUAUCAUUUUCUCCCAAUUUAGAAUAGGCAAUUAUUUAAUUUUUUAGGCUCAGUUCACUGCAAUUGGCCAAGCGCCACCCCCGGUGGCGCUUUGCCAAUUGUGCGCCGCCCCCUGGGAGCUCCCGUCCACGGUCGGCAGUGGAAUAGCCUGGACUCGAACUGGCGACGUCCAGGUUAUAGGGCGCAUCCUGCACUCCAUGCGGAGCGCCUUUACCGGAUGUGCCACUCGGGAGUCCCCUAAUGAUUAGUUUUUACAAUAACCUUCUUUUAAGUUACUUUCCAAGUGGAAACAAAACAUGUUUUUAUAAAUGUAAUAAUCUUAAACAUUAGUGCUUUGAAAAUAUUUCUACGUUUGUAUAGUACAAUACUGUACAUGAUAAUUUUCCAACAAUUUUCUUUGUUACUUUUUUAUUUGUUGCAUGUGCAAAAUGUUUGCUCUGUAUAUUUAAAGCUCGUAGUGUAAUUGAUAUGUUUUUCGAUAAUGGUGAUUCUUGUGAAUCAGUGAUGAAGUGCUUGUGAGUUUUUAUCAGUCAGUUUGAACCAGUGAAUUUAAUCCACUAUAUUAGCAGUGAAAGUACAGGCUUGACUCAAUACAAUAGGUGUUUGUUUGCUAAAAUGUGUUUUGCUGGAGCAAAAAAUAAGGAAAGUUUAAUCUGCUGGGUCACUUUCAAUUUCUGGGAGGGUUUUAAUUUUGUUGGGAGUAAAUAAGUAAGUAUGUAAGUAGUAAGCAGUAAUAACAGCCUGGGAUGGAUAAAUCAGUUUUUAGUGUGGAAAACCAAUGUAACUUUUUUUGGUAUUACUGUAUUUAUCACAUUAAUAAUUUAAAGUCUAGAACACAACAAAUAAUAAAAUCGGUAUUUUACUGUGUCAAUAACAUUUAGCCUCUCACCUAUUCAAACUGAUGGAAGAUAGACAGUAUUCAAUUUGUUCAAAUGUCUGGAAAUAUAAAAUGCAGAGGGCUAGAUUUACAAAUAUUUUUAUUCUGAAAGAUAAGAAAAAACACUAAUUAAAAUGUACUUUAGAAGCCCCUAGAUUAAAUAUUUGAGCUGUUUAUUUUGGGUUUUGUAACUUUAUUGGGUGUGCUGCAUGCUAAUGAUUAGGCCUUUAUGCAAUAAAAAGGUUUGUAAUGUAGCCCAGUUUUUGCAGUUUCCAGAGGUGAAUUUAACUGUUGACUGAAAAAUACAGAUGCAGACAGGAAAAAAUUAACUGGGAACCAGAGUUGAAACAAAUAAUUAGGUUUUACUGCAAAGCUAGCCUGUAGAAAAGAAAAUAACCAAACCAGGAAAGAAAGGGCACUAAACAAGCAUGGCUACCGACUGCCAGUAGUCAUUAAUAUUUAAUAGGACUGACCUUUGAAACUCCUUUCCUUAUGCCUCAAAACUUAUAGGGGCAGAAUAACUGAUGUAGUUUGCCUGGAACAUGUUUCUGAGACUCAUUAAUAUUAUGAUUCUGCCACAACAUUGGAGGAUAAAAGGCUUUAAUCUAAUUUACACAAAGUGGGAAAUUAUUAUGAAUUGUCUCCAUAGAUUAUUUGUGUAACAAAUUUUGUGACAAAACAAUUUUAACAGCACAAAAACUACUGAAUGUUUAGAGAACAUUACAAUUUACCAGUACCUGCAUUUAUAAACUACAUCCUAAUCCAGGGUUUAUAAAAUCCUGUUAUAGCUAUAGUGGUGAGGAUGCAUUUGAAUGUUUCAGGUAACUAAGCAACCAAACAUCAAUUUCCCUUCCUAAUCAGGAGAUCAACUGCAGACAAAUGUCUGGAACAAAUGUAAUAAAGACAAGGAGGUAAAUACUAGUCAAUUGACUUUGACAGCAUAACAAUAAGUACCAGUAAUUCCGUGUAUAUGAGAGUUACUUUACGUUUGCUAUUGUAGCAUAUAUCAUUGACCAAGUAUUAGUGCAACCUGGACCCUAGCAAAUAUGUAUUAACUACCUAAAUUAAACUGCCAGCUUUAUUAUCCCCUGGGGAUUCAAUUCCUGCCAACGGUGAUGUAGUGGAGGCGGUUGUUCAUAUACGUACGUGUGUCACACUACGUUUUACCAUAUAUCUGGAAAAGUGCUGAUCCAAUUGUCAUGACACUUGGUAUUAACAUUCCUUAGCAUAAGUAAUUUAGAAUAUUAUAUUCUGGGGAUGAAUUGGGGGUGUCUGUCUGUCUGUACACCCGCCCAUCUUACAUUUUUGCAUAUAUCUGGAAAAUCACAUUUUAAAUUGGAAUGAAACUUGGUCUCCACUGUUUAGCAUAUACUGUAGUAUGGUCAUCAACUUGCCAUACGGAUAGCUUUCAUUUUGAAUUUACAGCUGUGGAGGGUGAUGUAUACUUGUUUUAAAUGUAAUUAACUCAUUUUUAUUUAACCCAGCAUGUUGAUUUAGAAAUGUGCUUAACUAAUAAACCUACUGUAUAUGGA